AUUCAGAUUUCAAUUGAGAAAACAAGUGAUAAUUGCUCCUGUUAUCAUUGUGUUUUUUUACUAAUAGACAAUGUAGUAUAUUAUUAAUAUUGUGAAAAUUCUUUAACUCAUUAUUAUUAUUAUUAUUAUUAUUAUUAAUUGCACUUUGCACUUGAAUUUAUUGAUCACAAUUCAUGCAAUUGACUUGCCAGUAGGUCUACAUAAAACCAACCUUCAAGCAAAUAAAGAAUAUAGUAUUGCUAAUAUUUCCUUUGAUGAUUAUUUUCGUUUAUUUAGCAGUUGAUGAUGUCAUAAGUUCUUUGAAAGUGGUUUGAUAGCAAUGAUGAGAGAAGCAGUGCUAGUCUUUGUUUUAUGUGUUCUGUCACUAUCAGUUGCUCAGGAUUGUCCUCUACCAACAAUAGCUCAGUUAGAGUCUGUAUUGCCUCCUUUACUAGUCAUUUCUAGUGGUAGCCAGUCAUACUCUCCUAAUGUAACUGAAGGAUCAGUUCAGUAUGUCUGUCUAGCUCAAGGGAGCAUGAUUGAUUCUUAUCAAGCCAUAACUCUUAUAGCUACAUUCACUCCUAACCCAGGAGAACCUGAACAAACCAGCAUAUUUGAUAUUGAGUGUAUCAGUGGUACAUGGAGUGGAAGGACUGGUAGUUUAGAUCCUCCUCCUGCCAGUGUUGUUGGUGUUCCUCCAAGAACCAAUUGUUAUCGGUGUCGGGAAGGUUUUGGUGGUGAUACUAGAUGUAGAGAAUGUGACAGUGCUUGUAAUUCUGGACUGAUGAGGUGUACUGGUUCAGGUUCUACUGAUUGUUGUUUAUCAUUUACUGCUAGUGGUCAGUGUGAUGGUAGCACUGACUGUACAUCAUCAGGUCCUAACUAUGUUGCUACUGAGAGUAAUAACUUCACUUGCACUUGCAAUCUAACCUGUUCUGCUGGUUAUACUGUUAAUUCUAAUUGUACUGGCUGUGAUUCCACUAGUAUCUGUGAUAGAGACAGUCCAUGUAUGAAUGGAGGACAGUGUAUACAGUAUUCACCUCCUGAUAAUUAUACUUGUGAUUGUACUGGCACUGGAUACCAGGGAGUCAACUGUACUGUGAUGCUCCCCCCUACUCCUUCACCUACCCCUUCACCUACCCCUUCACCUACCCCUUCACCUACCCCUUCACCUACCCCUUCACCUACCCCUUCACCUACCCCUUCACCUAUCCCUUCACCUUGUACUGUUUCAAACUGUGAUAAUUGUCAAAACUCAUCUUGUUGUAAAAAUUGUUCAUCUGGUUCGUAUUUGAAUCCUGAUGGAUGUACCUGUGGUUCAUGUGGAGUGUCUUGUUCAAGGUGUCUUGAUUCCAGUUGUUGUACUGAGUGUCAAUUAGGAUAUGAAAUAGAUGGCUGUGAAUGUGAGGCAGCAGAUUCUUCAUCAGUUGGAUCAGUUUCUUCUUCACUCGAAUCGGCUUCUUUUUCACUUGAAUCAUCAGUUACAAAUCUACCCUCAACUGAAACUCCUCAGUUAUCAUCUUCAACGCUAACAAUUGUAGCUCCUGUUGUAUUGGUGCUAGUACUCUGUGUUUGUAUUAUCAUAGUAUUUGUGAUUGUGAUAAUUGUUAGGAGGAACAGGAAGAAGAAACUUGUAAAUUUGGACUUGCGUUAUGUUGACGACUUCAGAAUUUCUCUUGAUUUGAAUUCAGCUUGUCAAAGUAAAGCUCUUAUUGUUUUUGUGACAAUCUAG